CAGAUCUGGGAUAUAUUUUGAAGGUAGGGGGUGAUAGAAUUUGGGAUGUGAGAGAAAGGUGGAGUCAAAGGUGACGCGGAGGUUUGGGGGCUGAGCAUCUUGAAGUUUAGAGCUGCCAUCGGCUGAGAUGGGACCUGCUUAGGGGGAAGAUCUGGAGUUUGGCUUUGUGCUUGUGAAGUUUGCGAUGCCUAUUGGGCAUCCACAUGAAGAUGUCCAUUAGGCAGUUGCAAAAGUUUAGUGGGGGGCUUCCCUGGUGGCGCAGUGGUUGAGAGUCCGCCUGCCGAUGCAGAGGACACGGGUUCGUGCCCCGGUCUGGGAAGAUCCCACGUGCCGCGGAGCGGCUGGGCCCGUGAGCCAUGGCCGCUGAGCCUGCGGGUCCGGAGCCUGUGCUCCGCAACGGGAGAGGCCACAACAGUGAGAGGCCCGCGUACUGCAAAAAAAAAAAAAAAAAAAUGUUUAGUGGGGAAGUUGGAGCUGGAAAUAAAAUUUGGGGCUUCAUCACCAUAUAGCUGGUAUUUAAAGCCAUAAUAGCAGGUAAGCUCACUUAGGGAGAGUGAUACAGAGAAAAGAGGUCCCACCAGAGAGUUCUGGGGCUCCCAGCAUUAGGAACUAGCCAAGGAGACAGAAAGAGUGGCCAGUGAGAUGGGAGGAGAAAGCAGAGAGUUGGGGUGUUCUGGACGGCAAUGAGGCAGGUGCUUCAAGGAGGAAAGAGGGAGUGACUAUGACAGAUGCCUUUGCAGAGCCAGUGAGGUGAGGGCCGAGAAUCCAGCAACCUGGAAGUCACUGGUGACCAUGACAGAAGUAGCUGGGGGCCAGAGGGGACACGAUCGGAGGGGACAGGAGGGGUGAACUUCAGGACAGCAGUAUAGACAACAGCUAAGGAGUCCUGCUGUGAAGGGGGCAGAGAAAUGGGGUCAGAUGCAGAAAGUAUAGUACGUGUAUGUGCUGGUGAGAACUGCUCUCCCAGAGAGAAGCCCGGUGAAGGGGGCAAGAAUGGAGGAUGCCGCAGGAAGUGAGAGGGAUGGGUCCACUGCCCCAGCAGGGGCGUGGCCCCAGCUGAGAGCAGGACAGUUCGGUUGAGCUUCCAGGGCCUCCCUCUCUUCUGUCUGCAGUGGCCCAGCAGGCUGAGAUUUCAGCACUUAAGGAAAUCAACUGGCUCAUGGCUCCAGAGGAACCAGACUGGCUGUGUCUCAGGAGGGAGGGAGAUGUCAGGGCUUGGCCUGGGCUUGGGGAUAAGGGGUGCCCACGUGGGUUACCCCUUCCACUUGACCCUCUGUUUCAGCAAGGAAGUGCCCUAUUCUUUGCACAGGCCUCACCUUCCUCGAGAAAAGGCUACGAUGACUCCAAAGUUGCAGUAAUUGAAGCAGAGAAGAAAAGGCAACGGAGAGAGGCUGAUUUAGUCUGAAGAGGGGAAGUCUGAGCAGGGAGUAAAGGGGCAAGAGGUAGGAUUUUAGGGACAGUUUUUAUGAGAUAGGUGAUGAAUGGACAUCUGUUUUCUCCCAUUCCCAAUGUAAACUGAAGCAGGAAAAACUUCGGUUCAACAUAAUGAGGAACUUCCUGUGCUGGUUAGUGAGGACAGCAACAGGCCAGGUCCUCUGCCCUGGAUGUUUAAGAUGGGAAAGAACAAUGCCUUCUUAGAGACAGGGUGCUGGCCAGAUUGGCCCUUGGGGAUUCUCCCACCUCUGAGGUUUCCGGAAGAAGGCCAGGACAGAGUUGGGACUUCCCAGCUACUGGAGGGGAGAUAGAGCAGCAAACCUUCUGGCUUGGGCCUUCCUCUUUCUCCAGGUGCCCUGACAUCACGAGUUGGAUAUGUGUGGCUCAAGCGUCCAUCUGCUGACCCAGACUCGGAGUGUUUGGGAAGGGCCCCUGCUUCCCUGUAGCUUGUCCACUUGUGGCCUGGCACGUCUGCGGGUGUGUCAGAGAUCACUGGGCUUGGUGGGGUCUCCCAGUGCAGCUAAUGGUGGAGGGUGAAGGCUCUGUGCCAGAACUGCUGAGAAUUGUGGAGCUCUUCACAGCUGGUUGGCCACCUCUGGCUUCUGCCCAUCUUUUCGGGGGUUCCCCCGGGAGAGAUGUGGGAUCUGUGGGCAAAUCUAGCCCUGCCAGUCCUGUGCCACUCAGCCUUGCCUUCCUGCUCAAGGCCUGCCUGCAGAUGACUUGGCCAUGCCUACUCUAAGCCUAAUGAUCUUUGACGGGGCGGGGAGGGUGGUCCAGGCUCUCCCGAUGCUGAGGAGAGGACAGCUGUCCGUCCUUAGGCAUCCUCUGAGUAAAAGGGGCAGGGAAUGUCCUAUCUCAUCUUAACUCUUCAACUUCUUUAAUUUCUGGCUGCACACAUGCCCUCCAGGCAUUGGGUUGGAAAGAGAGUGCUGACCCCAUUUCUGGGCUGUUUCCGGAGGGGUGGGUGGUAGUUCUUUUCCCCAGGACCUGGGCAGGGGUGGUGAUGGGGCUGAGAACCACUCCAGGGUCAAGCCCAGAGCUCUUCCUACCCCAUCCUGUUCUCUCCUCUCCCGUCUCCCCACCUCUCCCCUCUUGACUCCUCUGCUUGGCAGUGGGCUCAAGAAGGAGACCUGCUUGGCCAGAGAGAACUAUUUUCCUUUCUGGUAUAUGGUGGCCUCUGCACUGAGGAUGCCCUCCCUCCCAAGCUGCCAGACACAUGGGUAAGCUCGCUGCCUCAGUUUCCUCAUUUGGCCAGCGCAAGGCUUCCAGCCUAAGUGUUGGCAGCAUUCCGAGCUGGUGAUUUCUCCUUUCCCUUGCUUUGGAUGGCAUAUGAGGACAGGCGCAGGAAGUUCCAGCCCCACCCCUUCCCUCAGUGGGUUUUUGAUUCAUGGACAUUCCCACUGUACUUCCCCUUGGCCCAGCCCCAUGCCAAGCUUAGUGAUGCCAGGAUGAGUAAAACCCAGGCUUCCGCUUGGGCCAAGAUGGGAGUUAGACGCAUAAACAACCAAUAGGAAAUACACAGACUUUCCAAGCCCCUUGGCGUCUGCUCCUUUGAGUAUCCUGGAAUGUCCCGUUUUUGUAGAAAGAAGCUGGCGUUCCUCUUCUUUUUCCAUGCCUACCUCCUUUCACUUUCAUUUUCUGCGGGCACUGCCCCAGCUCACAGCCCUAGGUUCUGUGACUGUCGCAGAAGGGGCCCCGCUGAGAGAUUUUCUCUGCCGCGUGGGGACACUCCCAGGGCCUGAAGCUCUGUGAGAUCGCUUCCCCACAGAUUCCCAGGACCCAGAGUCUGAAGGCUGAGCCCAGAGCAAGCCAUCGACAGAGGUGACGGCACGUAGUGUGUGGUGGAAGGCAGUGGGGAGGUGGCAAGGGCCUGGGCAUUUGGGGAGGGGGCAGUGGACUGGGGUCAGUACACCCAUAAGCUUUGAAACGUCUUAGUUUGUACCAUGAGUUUCGCUUCACCUGGGUUGGCAUCUUUAUAGCAAUGUUCUGGGUCUGUCCCUGGCGGUAGCAGUGGGUUACCUACACAGGCCUGGGCUUGGGCCCCUGUGGAGAACCCAAAUAUAAGGGAAUUAAAGACACGUCUUCUGGAGUUGCACUGCUUGGGUUCAAAUCCUAGCUCUACCUCGUCUACCCUGUACCCUUGUUCAAGCCUCAGUUGUACUCAGUCCUCUCUGUGCCUCAGUUUCUUCACCUGUAUAAUGGGGCUGAUCCUAGUACCCACUUCAGUGGUUGGGAGGGUUAAUGAAAGCACUUAGAAUAGUGCUUGGCACGUUGUAUGUGGUUAAUAAAUGUUAGCCAUUGUUGAAAAGAGAGCUGCGGUAGCCUGAAUCCAACCAGCAUGUAAGGGCCCUCUCAUAUGGCCUCAAAGAGAAUUGAUUCCCUGAUCCCUUGGGAGACAUCGCUCCUAGUAUUAACUCAAGCCUUUUAAAACUUCGUAAAGCAGGGAUGAAGCAUGGAUGUGGGAGCCAGGGGCCUUGAUUUAACUCCUGGCUGCUUCAAACCCUCUGUGGGAACUCAAGCCAGUUUCUUGCCUUCUCUGGGCCUCAGUUUGUACAUCCAUACAGUGGGGAGCUUGCAUUGGUAAUGUCUGAGGGUAGAACUGUGGCCAUCUUGGUCUCAGGGUGGGGCUGACUUGCCCUCUCCACUGCCGCCUGCCUGCUUCCUGAGAAGUCCUGCACUGGACCUCAUUCUCCUCCACAGAUUGUGAAAUGUACGCACAGGACGCUUUCCAGGCACAGAGGAGCCAGCUGGUGGAGCUGCUGGUCUCGGGGUCCCUGGAGGGCUUUGAGAGCGUUCUGGACUGGCUGCUUUCCUGGGAAGUCCUCUCCUGGGAGGACUACGAGGGACUCAGCCUCUUGGGCCAGCCUGUCUCCCACUUGGCCAGGCGCCUCCUGGACACCAUCUGGAAUAAGGGUGCUUGGGGCUGUGAACUACUCACUGCGGCUGUGCGGGAGACCCAGGCUGACAGAGAGCCCCCCGAGCUUCCCGGCUGCUGGGAGCCCCACUCACCCCACCCAGCCCGUGACCUGCAGAGUCACCGGCCAGCCAUCGUCAGGAGACUCUACGGCCACGUGGAGGGGGUGCUGGACCUGACACAGGCGCGGGGUUUCAUCAGCCGGUACGAAUGUGAUGAAAUCAGGCGGCCCAUCUUCACGUCAUCCCAGCGGGCAAGAAGGCUCCUUGAUCUUGCCACAGUGAAGGCGAAUGGGUUGGCUGCCUUCCUUCUACAAUGUGUUCAGGAAUUACCUGUCCCGUUGGCCCUGCCUUUUGAAGAUGCCGCCUGUAAGAGGUACCUGUCCAAGCUGAGGACCAUGGUAUCGGCUCAGUCUCGCUUCCUGAGCACCUACGAUGGGACAGAGAGCCUUUGCCUGGAGGAAAUAUAUACAGAGAAUGUUCUAGAGAUCCGGACGGAGGCGGGCAUGGCAGGGCCUCUGCAGCAGAGCCCCGCCACCCUGGGCCUGGAGGAGCUUUUCAGCACCCGCGGCCACCUCAACGAAGACGCGGACACUGUGCUGGUGGUGGGCGAGGCGGGCAGCGGCAAGAGCACGCUUCUGCAGCAGCUGCACCUGCUCUGGGCUUCAGGGAGGGCCUUCCAGGAAUUUAUCUUCGUCUUCCCAUUCAGCUGCCGGCAGCUGCAGUGCCUGGCGAAACCGCUGUCGGUGUGGACACUGCUCUUUGAACACUGCUGUUGGCCCGACCUUGGCCAGCAGGACGUCUUCCAGGUCCUCCUCGACCACCCCGAGCGCAUCCUCUUAACCUUCGACGGCUUUGACGAGUUCAGGUUCAGAUUCACGGAUCGAGACCGUCACUGCUGUCCGACCGCCCCCACGUCUGUCCAGAGUCUGCUCUUCAACCUUCUGCAGGGCAACCUGCUAAAGAAUGCCCGCAAGGUGUUGACCAGCCGUCCGGAUGCGGUGUCGGCGAGCCUCAGGAAGCAUGUGCGCACAGAGCUCAACCUCAAGGGCUUCUCGGAAGAGGGCAUCGAACUGUACCUGAGGAAGCGCCAUCGCGAGCCUGGGGUGGCCGAGCGCCUCAUCUGCUGCCUCAGAGCCACCUCGGCCCUGCACAGUCUGUGCCACCUGCCCGUCUUCUCCUGGAUGGUGUCCAAAUGCCACCGGGAACUGUUGCUGCAGGGCGGGGUGUCCCCGAAGACCACCACAGAUAUGUACCUGCUCAUCCUGCAGCACUUUCUGCUGCAUGCCUCCCCGCCAGACUCAGCUGCCCAUGGGCUGGGAGCUGGCCUGCUUCGGGGCAGUCUCCUCACCCUCCUGCACCUCGGCCGCCUGGCUCUGUGGGGCUUGGGCACGUGCUGCUACGUGUUUUCCCCCAGGCAGCUGCAGGCAGCACACGUCGACAGUGAGGAGGUUUCUCUUGGCUUCCUGGUGCGUGCCAAGACGGUCGUGCCUGGGAGUACAGCCCCCCUGGAAUUCCUGCACAUCACUUUCCAGUGCUUCUUUGCUGCGUUCUACCUCGCUCUCAGUGCCGACACGCCGCCAUCCUCGCUCAGACACCUCUUCAACUGUCACGGGCCUGGCUGCUCGCCGCUGGCCGGGGUGCUGUCCAAACUGCACAUGCGGGAUUCCGGGUGCAAAGAAGGCAGCGUGGCCGCUUUGCUGCAGGGGGCCGAGCCGCACAACCUCCAGAUCACAGCGGCCUUCCUGGCGGGGCUGUUGUCCCAGGAGCACCGGGGCCUGCUGGCCGAGUGCCAGGUGUCUGAGAAGGCCCUGCUCUGGCGCCAGGCCUGCACCCGGCGGUGUCUGGCCCGCAGCCUCCGCAAGCACUUUCGCUCCAUCCCACCAGCCGUGCCGGGCGAGGCCAAGAGCGUGCAUGCCAUGCCCAGCUUCAUCUGGCUCAUCCGGAGCCUGUAUGAGAUGCAGGAGGAGCGGCUGGCGCGGGAGGCUGUACGUAGGCUGGACGUCGGGCAUCUCAAGCUGACAUUCUGCAGCGUGGGCCCGGCCGAGUGUGCUGCCCUGGCCUUUGUGCUGCGGCACCUCCAGCAGCCUGUGGCCCUGCAGCUGGACCACAACUCUGUGGGCGACAUGGGUGUGGAGCAGCUGCUGCCUUGCCUCGGCGUCUGCAAGGCUCUUUACUUGCGAGAUAACAACGUCUCAGACCGAGGCAUCUGCAAGCUCACUGAACAUGCUCUUUGCUGUGAGCAGCUGCAGAAGUUAGCUCUUUUCAACAACAAAUUGACCGACGGCUGUGCACACUCCAUGGCCAAGCUCCUCGCAUGCAAGCAGAAUUUCUUGGCUUUGAGGCUGGGGAACAACCACAUCACAGCCGCGGGAGCCGAGGUGCUGGCCCAGGGGCUCAGAGCCAAUGCCUCCCUGCAGUUCCUGGGGCUCUGGGGCAACCAGGUGGGCGACAGGGGAGCCCAGGCGUUGGCUGAAGCCUUGGGUGAUCACCAGAGCUUGAGGUGGCUCAGCCUGGUGGGGAACAACAUUGGCAGUGUGGGCGCUCAAGCCUUAGCAUUGAUGUUGGAAAAGAACAUGGCCCUGGAAGAACUCUGCCUGGAGGAGAACCAUGUCCAGGAUGAAGGUGUGUGCUGUCUCGCGAAAGGACUUGAGAAAAAUUCAAGUUUGAAAGUCCUGAAGCUCAAGAAGACAAGCAAGCAUCCUGAAAGCUCACCACUCCAUCUUCCUCUCCAGGCUGUCUUACAACGGCAUCACCUCCCUUGGGGCAGAAGCCCUCCUGCAGGCCCUUGAAAAGAAUGACACCAUCCUGGAAGUCUGGCUCCGAGGAAACACUUUCUCUCCGGAGGAAACUGAGAAGCUCAGCCACAGGGACACCAGACUCUUGCUUUGAUGUCUCCAGGUCAACGUUCAUCUCAGUUUGUUUGGGAGCAGGCCGUGGGUCUGGAUCCCAGAAACGGGAUGACAUCUGACAGCAGUCCACUCAGAUGGAACCUGGUCCUGCCCAGGGCCAGCCCAAUAGGCCACCUUUGUCCUGGCAGAGGAAGGCGCAUCAGUGCCCCGCAGAGCAGACUUUCCCAAAGCCUGUUUUUCCUGUCAAGUUCUUCCCAAGAUUCAAUCCUGGGAUGUAGAAGAGGGGCAGCCCCCCUCUACAUGAUGGGGCUGGUCUCGGGCCAACCUGACACGGGUCAGUGGAGCCACGGAUGCCACUGCGUGCUUAUUGGUGCAGAGAGCUCCACGUGAGGAGGGGUAUUCAGGAAGCAACUUUCUGCUGUGUUUCAACUCAUGGUCACCCAUUAGGUUGUUCUCUAUGUCUAGUUCCUCCACUCAUCCUGGACCCCUGUACAUGGCGCUUCCUCUGCGGUUGAGGACUCAGAAUACUGGCGUUCUCAUCUUUGCUCCUUCCGUUACACCCCAGCCCUCCUCCCGCCCUCCCACUGCGCUCAACGCCCCACACAUCCUGGAUGGGAAGGGCUUCAAUUUACCCUGCUCUCCUCUGGUACUUAAGACAUUUUUGAGAGGGGACACAUGACAGCCAUGUGUUCCUCAAGACAUUCUAGAUUUUCAAGAAAAAUAUGACCACACUACAGCUGGUAUCACACCUGGACCUUUAUUUCCAGUGAAAUCAAUUACUUUUCAGUUAAACCUUUGGAAACCACUCCCCGUCCAAAUGCAGCUUUUUAAAAUUAAUCUGGGUCAGAAGUUUGAACAGCCCCACUCUGAUGCCUGUGAACUGAACUCUGGAAGCAGACUUCCAAAAUAUAUUCAUAAGAGACUGUUCAGUUUUAUAUGUGCCAGAAUGCUUUAGGAUAUAAAGUUAUGGAUCAAAAGUUUACAGGGCAAAAUCAAAGGCCCUUCCUUAUAAAGCAAAUGUUUAUUCUGAAUUUUUCAAAAUGAUGCAUGUUGAAGCUUUUCUAAACUGUCAGGUGCUGUGCAAGUGUUAUUAUUUUAAACACUGUUAUCUGUGAAAAACUGGUUAAUAUUUAUAAACCACUUGGUUUUUUUCUCCCAAGUUUAUGUUUUUAUAAAAAAAAUAGGGCCAUGAAUUUUAUGCCGCACAUAAUCACAGAGGAGAAAACUAUUGAGUCACCGAAGCUAUCUUUGUUGAGACCAAACAUUUAAAAAUAUUCCUGAACAUCGUCAAAUAUUAAAGCACAAUUUUCUACUUGAA